AUGAAAAUCUUUAACCAAUCUCGAAACCUAAUCCUAGCCGAAUUCAUUUUCCUUGUUUUCAUUGUUCCCCUAAGAGCCCAAGACAGCCCACAAGACUUUUUGGACGCUCACAACCAAGCACGAGCAGCGGUUGGGGUGGAUCCUUUAGGGUGGGACGAGACGGUGGCUGCAUAUGCUCGCGACUACGCAAACCAGCGUAGAGGUGACUGCGCCUUGGAACACUCGAGUGGGCCCUAUGGAGAGAACAUCGCCUGGAGCAGUGGUGACAUGUCAGGUGUUGAAGCAGUUAACAUGUGGGUGAACGAGCAGGCUGACUACGAUUAUGGUUCCAACACAUGUGACUCAGGAAAACAGUGCGGCCACUAUACUCAGAUUGUGUGGAAAAAGUCGGUGAGGUUGGGAUGUGCAAAAGUGAGUUGCGACAAUGGUCAAACCUUCAUCACUUGCAACUAUGAUCCUCAAGGUAAUAUCGUGGGCGAGUGGCCUUACUGA